UUAUCUGCUUCGCUUAUAUAACGGUCUGCCGCGGUCUACGGGCUUGAAAGUUUAGCGCCAGUUGUGAACCAGGAUUGCAGCCAUGAAUGGAAAGCAUUUGGGGAAAGGAUCUACAAAUCCACCCUUACCAAAAGGAAAGCUGAGGUUGUACAGCAUGAGGUUCUGCCCUUACGCACAAAGAGUACAUUUGGUGCUAGACGCAAAAAAGAUACCUCAUGAUAUUGUAAACAUCAAACUCUCAGACAAACCAGAUUGGUAUUUUCAAAGAAAUCCACUGGGAAAAGUACCAGCUAUAGAAACAGAAUCAGAAGACGCCAUUUAUGAGAGUCUGAUAAUUGCCGACUACCUGGAUGAGAAAUAUCCACAAAGACCACUGCAUCCUAAGGAUCCUAUGCAGAAAGCGAAGGACAGAAUCUUGGUAGAACACUUUAGUAAGAUCAGUACAAGCAUAUAUACAUAUUUACGUGAUGGAGACGAUUCCUUUGAUCCCAUUUUGACAGGCCUGGAUUUAUUUGAGAAGGAGCUAACAUUGAGAGCCACACAAUUCUUUGGAGGUGAUGUGCCAGGAAUGUUGGAUUACAUGAUAUGGCCAUGGAUUGAGAGAAUUGAUUCUUACAAAAUUGUUGCACCGGAGAAAUUUGUAAUUCCAAAAGACCGGUACAAGAAACUGAGUGAGUGGAAAAAAGCAAUGAAGGAAGAUGAAGCAGUAAAAGUCACCUACAUUGAACCAGAAUUCCAUGCCCAGUUUGUUAACAGUUUUAAAGCUGGCAAUGCCAACUAUGAUAUAUUAGUUAAAUAAUCCCAGCCAUCUUGUUCCCUUCAACUCUGAAAAUCAUAAGAUCAAAGAAAGAAAACAGAGGACCAUGAAGUGACUUUAUAUGAUGGCUGUGAUGAAACUGGAAAUGUUUUCACAUAAAAUGAUACAAACAAAAGAACUGUCUGCUGAAUUUACAUUUGUUAGGCAGUGUGAUUCUAAUACCAUAAAUGGUAACAAACAUGAGAACUUGAAAACUGAAAAUUUCCCAUUUUAGUAUACAAAUUAGUACUGACAGCAGAGUGGAAUCUGUCAGUUCAUGGAAAAUGUCUUGUUUGGAUAAAUCAUGCUGUUGAGAAAGAGGAGGUGGAAGACAAGGAAUUAAAGCCAGAAAACACUAAACCAUAUCUUUCAGAAACAAGAACAAAUUUUGUUUUCAAUUUGACUGAUUUUAUACCUUAAAUUAUAACUUCAGAUCUUCAUAAUACUUUUCUGUUUAUUGUAUCAUCGCUUGGACCAACAUGCAGUUCAGAUGUUGGGGUCUGCCUAUGUGUCCACAUUUAUAAUCUCCCAGAGGUUUUGUCAAUUUUGAAUGAAAUGUGCAAGGGGUAAACCUUAAAAUUUGUUGGGUGAAUUUAAUCUUUCUCUUUAAUGGUCUAUUAAUACUCUUUGCAUGAAGGUGUAAAAUAUAUUUAAAAGUGAGAUGACUCAAUGAAGGCUGAAUGAAAGUUGUAGAAGUGAGUAAUAUUUGUUAUAUCUUAAAGAGUUCUUACUGCCCUCAAAAAUAUCUGUAACAGUAAGAAUGUAAUGAUCUAGUCCACAUCUCCUGAAUAUGAUACCAAAUUUGAAUGAAACUAAUUCUGUAAUUUCUAGUGUUUAUUCAUUUUUAAACUCAUAGAGAACAUCCAAACUCUAAUUUUUGACAUAUGUAUAACAGAAUGAAAGAUUGUAAAUUUUGUGAAACUGAGUUUAUAAUAUUCUUAACCAUAUUUGAAGGCAUAUUGUAUAGUGGAGAAAUGUAAGGAAACAAUAAAAAUUCUUAUGAUAUUCUGUGGUAACACCCUGUGAACACAAGUGUAAUGUUCUUGAAGAUAAUAUAAUGAAAGAAAUCA